ACUACCCAUAAGAGAAGGUGAAGAAUGGAGGGUUUGUUUACACCGUAAGAGAAGAUUAACAUGCUUCACAAGGAGCGGGUGGCCGGCAUUUCUCAUGUCCCUCUGGGUCCGAGCGAGCGGGCGAAUCCGGCAGCCAAGCAAUCCACAUCGACGCCGGCGCGCAGCAUGACCGAUGAGCUCGGGAGCCAAUCUGUCAAGGUGGCCCAAGGCAUACAGUCCAACGAAGUAGCUGUACGCGAGUACCUACCCGACAAAGAGAACGUUCAUCGAGAAAAGAAUACUAAAUAUCUACUGAUAAACCGACGAUUUAUUGGAUCCAUUUGUCCUCGUUUGGAAUUUACUAGUGUUGAUGGCAACGAUUACUGAAUCCAAAGUUCAAUAUUCUACUUCCGAUCAACGUCGCUGAACCGGCGGAUUGACAAAGACACGGAAAACGACGAACAACAUGAAUCAAUCGAUACGAUCGAUAAGCUGUAGUAGGAGUAGUUUUUUAUAUCACCAUGCCAAUAUGUAUACUAAUGCUUCCGUCCAGCAACUUGCUUCUGCCAUCCAGCUCGCAGCAGUUGCAGAAAAAAGAUCGACCCAGCAAUGGCGCCGCGACUCUCUGGGGCUGCCGUGCUGCUCAUCCUCGUCGUCGUCCCCCUUUGCAUGUACACCUGUGCCUUCCUCGUCGGCAUGGAGCUCGGCCGGGCGCUAGAGAGGAGGCCGGACAGCGUCAGCGUCAGGUUCAGCAUCAGAGGGGUCCUCGACUAUGUGACAAAGGAGCUAUGGUAUACCAAUGGACAAGGCAGGGAUUUUGUUGGUGAUGAAAGACAUCAGUUCAUACGUCUCGUCCCGGCAAGCCCUCGUGUCGGAAGUUCUAUGCGACCUGAGCAUCCCUACGGCACAACGGGUGAUCUAAAGAGCAAUGCUACUCCCAAGGCCAAGAGAUACCACGGAAAUCACACUUCGCCGAGGGGCGUGAUCAGCGUCGGCCCAUGGGGUGGAUCCGGUGGGCAGCCUUUCUACAUGCGUGGCCGGAGCGCUCCUCGCCUCCGUAGCAUCAUCGUGUACCAUUCCAGCGUGAUUCACUCCUUGGCCUGCGAGUACUCCCAAGCCGGUGAUGGGGUGAACUGGAUGGGCGGUCCAUGGGGGCUCCCACAUUCCUUUGGUUCCAGAGGAGUUCGUGCCACGAUCAACCUUUGUGCAGGCGAGCAUGUCACCGCAGUGGAGGGGACUAUCGGGGUUUUCGCAAAUGUCCCCAACGUUGUCAUCACCUCGCUGACGUUCCGCACUAACAUCGGCAGAAGUUACGGGCCGUACGGCAGCGACAAGGCAGCAGGGACGACGGGGACGCCUUUCUCUGUCCCGGCGGCGGACGGCGCCUGCAUCGUUGGCUUCUGGGGACGCUCCGGCUGGCUUCUUGAUGCCAUUGGGGUUUACGUCAGGCCGUGCUCCAACCCGACAAGCGCAAGAGAUGGGAGAAACUAAGUGGAGGAGGUAGUGUUCUUCCAUACAAGUUCCAGCUCUACGUACAUUGAAUAUUGCCACUGUUAAAACACCUGUAACCGUACGCCAUGGCCGCAUCUACACCAUGGUAUCUGAAGUUUCCGUUUGUGGCCGGUACAAAACAUAAAUAACAGGACCAUAUAUGUGCAUGCACCUUGGUACAUGGUGCAGUCGUAAGGAGUAAGUACUAUUUG